AUGACGAUGAAGAGAAGAGCUUCUUCUGCGGUGAUUGUUUCCAUUGCUCGGUCUCAGGGAGCAGGGGCUUCAUCAGGUACUCCUGCUCCUGCAGGUUGUACUAUUGCAUCAUUUCUCUCUGCAUUCCCAAACCAUAAACCCCAUUUGGCUUUUUAUUCUGCUAUUAGUGGUAAAGUUAGGAGUUCUUCUGGAAAAGCUCUGAAAUUUCAACCUGAAUUAAGGAAUGAUAUUAAUAAUGUCAACAGUCUUGAUGAUGCUUUGAGCUUGUUCGAGCGGAUGGUCCGGAUGAGGCCUCUGCCUUCUGUUAUUCAAUUCAAUCAACUGCUGACUUGUAUUGUUAAGAUGAAGAAUCAUUAUUCUUCAGUUAUUUCCCUUUUUAGAGAUAUGUGUGUCCAGGGCAUUCCUGUUGAUGAGGCCACCCUUAAUAUAAUGAUUAAUUGUUGCUGCGUUGUGGGCCGAGUGGAUUUAGCUUUUUCUACAUUGGCUGGCUUCCACAAACGUGGUUUUGUCCCUAAUGUGGUCACCUUUAGUACUCUACUCAAAGGACUCUUUCGAGGACGCAAGGUUCCCCAGGCACAAGAAUUAUUUAAAAAGAUAAUAUUCGAAAAACUUUGCGAGCCCAAUGAAGUUAUCUUUCUGGUUGUGAUAGAUGGGCUCUGUAAGGCGGGUAAUACUCAAAUGGCCAUUGAAUUCCUAAGACUUAUGGAAAAAAGAAGAAGAUGUAAGCCCAACGUUUAUGUGUACGGUACAAUCAUUGACAGCUUGUGCAAGGAUAAAAUGGUUGAUGAAGCUCUUGCCCUCUUACAGGAGAUGUUUGAAAAGGAAAUUCCCCCAGAUGUUGUCAUUUACAAUUGUUUGAUUCUAGGUUUCUGCAAUUUAAGUAAAUGGAAGGAGGUUAUAAGGCUCUUCUCUGACAUCAAGGAUUACAAAAUUGCUCCAAAUGUUUUUACUUUUACUAUAGUGGUGGAUGCAUUGUGCAAGGAAGGACAUGCAAAAGAUGCUGAAGAGGUAGUCCGGAUCAUGAUCCAGCAAGGUCAAAAUCCCGACGUGGUCACAUACAAUUCCUUAAUGGAUGGAUAUUGUUUACAACGCCAAAUAGGUGAAGUAAGGAGAGUAUUCGAUACCAUGGUUGCUAGUGGCCUUACUCCAGAUGCUCAUAGCUAUGCUAUUUUGAUAAAUGCCUAUAACAAGAACAAGAAAGUGGAAGCAGCCAUGAAUCUCUUUCAAGAGAUUCGGCAUAAAGGCUUAAAAUGUGAUAUUGUUGUUUAUACCGCUGUUUUGCAGGGGUUAUUUAGUGCAGGAAUGUAUCCUAGUGCAAGAGAAGUUUUUGAUGAGAUGCAAGCUUCUGGCAUAAAGCCUGAUUUUCACACUUAUUGCGUGAUGUUGGAUGGGCUAUGCAAGACUGGACAUGUCGACGAAGCAUUGCAGUUAUUCCAUGCAAUGGAAACUGAUGGAACAUAUCUUCACAUAGAAAUGUACACUAUCAUCCUUGAUGGGUUGUGCAAAAGCAGGAGGCUCGAUAGUGCUCGAGAUCUUUUCAACAAUCUCUCCCUUAAAGGAUUGAACCCUAAUGUCAAAACAUACACCACCAUGAUUGCUGGCCUGCUUUCAGAAGGUCUGCUCAUCGAAGCUAAAGAGGUCGUUAAAAAGAUGGAAGAGAAGGGUUGCCCGGCAAAUGAUGGUACAUACAAUGUUAUUCUGCAAGGACUCCUUAAGGGAGGUCAUUAUCAUCAUGCGAUGGUCUAUCAUGAAGAAAUGGUUCAUAAAGGAUUCUCGCUGGAUGCACAUACCUUUUCCAUUUUACUUGAUUUGUCUGCUGAGAAUCAGAAGAAACCUUCUGUGCUAAUGUUGAUGCUGAAGAUUGAUCCCGAUAGCAAGAAGUUCAUAGAUGGGGAAUGA